AAGAUAUCCAAUCAAGAGUCACUAAAAACCGAGCAAAGAAAAGCGGGGGGACGGCAAUUUCUAAUUCCCUUCUUUUCCUAUUAAAGCUUUCAAAAGCCACCGGAAAACAGAUAGAGACAAGGCUGCUUUUUCAACCCUCGAUCUUCCCACAAAGUCAGUCGAGGAAGCAUCUUUCCUCCAUAUACCCACUUCCAAUCGACCACCGCUACAGCACAUACAAAAUGCCCGUCGUUGAGAGUGUCCCCUCCACCCUGUACGACAAGAUCUAUGCCGACCAUGUUGUCGACGGCCACACAAUCUACAUUGACAGACAUCUCGUGCACGAGGUCACUUCGCCACAAGCCUUCGAGGGCCUCCGAAAUGCUGGUAGAACUGUACGAAGACCUGACUGCACCCUGGCUACAGUAGAUCACAACAUCCCCACGCACAGCAGAGCCACCUACAAGAAUGCCGAGACCUUUAUCGAGGAAGCUGACUCGCGGACGCAAUGCGUGACUCUGGAAGACAAUGUCAAAGCUUUCAAGCUGACCUACUUCGGCAUGGCCGACAAGAGGCAAGGAAUCGUGCACGUCGUCGGCCCCGAGCAAGGCUUCACCCUUCCCGGAACCACCGUUGUAUGCGGUGACUCACAUACCUCCACCCAUGGAGCUUUCGGCGCUUUGGCUUUCGGUAUCGGCACGAGUGAAGUCGAGCACGUGCUUGCCACUCAGACCCUUAUCAACCAGAAAUCGAAGAACAUGAAGGUGCAGGUUGAUGGACCUAUGGCCCCCGGCGUGACGAGCAAAGAUAUUAUUCUGCACAUCAUUGGAAAAAUCGGAACCGCCGGAGGAAAUGGAAGUGUCAUUGAGUUCUGCGGAUCCACUAUCCGCUCGCUGAGUAUGGAGGCCCGUAUGUCGAUGUGCAACAUGGCUAUCGAGGGUGGUGCCAGAGCUGGUCUCAUUGCACCCGACGACAUCACUUUCGAGUACCUCAAGGGAAAGCCUUUGGCACCCAAAUACGACACCCCCGAGUGGCAUCGCGCCCUCAAGUACUGGAGGACCUUGAAGUCCGACGAGGGCGCCAAGUGGGAUUCCGAGGUUUUCAUCGACGCAAAGGACAUCGCGCCUACCGUUUCGUGGGGUACUUCUCCCCAGGAUGUCGUCCCCAUCACCGGCUCCGUUCCUUACCCCGAAGAGGAGUCUGAUCCCGUCCGCAAGGCCGGCAUCAUCCGCGCUUUGGAGUAUAUGGGUCUCGAAGCCGGUACCCCCAUGCAGGAUAUCACCGUCGACAAGGUCUUCAUUGGUUCCUGCACGAACUCGCGUAUUGAGGAUCUCCGCGCCGCGGCCAAGGUCGUUAAGGGCAAGAAGAUCGCUUCGAACAUUAUGCGUGCUAUGGUUGUGCCAGGAUCGGGAUUGGUCAAGAAGCAGGCCGAGCGUGAGGGUCUUAACCGCAUCUUCGAGGAGGCUGGUUUUGAGUGGCGUGAGGCUGGUUGCUCCAUGUGCUUGGGAAUGAACCCCGAUAUCCUAGCCCCUCAGGAGCGUUGUGCUUCUACUUCCAACCGAAACUUCGAGGGACGGCAGGGUGCUGGUGGUCGUACCCACUUGGUAUCUCCGGCUAUGGCUGCCGUUGCUGCCAUCACCGGACGCCUGACCGAUAUCCGCAAGCACACCCAGGCUGAGACGGAGCACGGCUCGCCCAAGAUCGCUGUUCAGGCUGAGCACCCCGAGGCCAUCACUGACGACGACUUGGACAAGCUCAAUGAUAUCCCCACCGACGAGGAGGCCACCAAUGCAUCCACCCCGUUCUCUGCUGGCACAUCCACUGGCCUCCCUCCAUUCACCACCCUCAAGGGUAUCGCCGCCCCCCUCCACAUCGCCAACAUUGACACGGACGCCAUCAUUCCCAAGCAGUUCCUGAAGACGAUUAAGCGCACUGGUCUCGGCAGCGCUCUGUUCUGGGCUCUCCGCUUCAACCCGGAUGGCUCGGAGAAACCCAACUUCGUCCUCAACCAGGAGCCCUACCGCGCCGCCAAGGUCCUAGUUGUCACUGGCCCGAACUUCGGCUGUGGUUCCUCGCGUGAACACGCUCCCUGGGCGCUGCUCGACUUCGGCAUCAAGUGCAUUAUCGCCCCCUCGUUCGCCGACAUCUUCCACAACAACACCUUCAAGAAUGGCAUGUUGCCCAUCGCGAUUACCGACGAGGCCGCGCUCAAGGCUAUUGCGGAUGAGGCCGAUGCUGGAAAGGAGAUCGAGGUCGACCUUGUCAACCAGGUCAUCCGCAGCGCGGACGGUGCAGAGCUUGCGAAGUUCGACGUCGAGGAGUUCCGCAAGCACUGCCUGGUUAAUGGAUUUGACGACAUCGGAUUGACGAUGCAGAUGGAGGACAAGAUCAGACAGUUUGAGGCUAGAAGGACGCGCGAGUGGUCUUGGCUGGAUGGCAGUGGAUAUCUCGCCAAGCACCGGCCAGGGCCUGUGAAGGUCGAGGCGGCCAAGGUUCCCACCACGAAUCGGGGAUUCGAGAAGGAGAUUACGGAGUGGUAGAUGGUGGGAAUGAAAUGGAAUAUGUGUGGUGCUCAUUUUGCGUGGGUUUGAGUUGUUCUUUUUUGCGGUUGGCCUGUUUUUGCAGAGAUGUUCUGGUAUUUGUUUUGUGCGGAUUUUCUUUGUGUUAUCUGUGUCAGGCAGUGCGCAGAUUGACGAUGGUAUGUGUCGAUUAGUUAUAUGAAGCUAUUUCAUGGAUUGAGGGUCGUCAAUUCUUCAUUCAAUUACUCGACCUCUCACCGUG